GCCCCUCCUGGGCGCUAUAAAUGCGCCGGCUUUCGCCGCCGGCCGCAGCCGACUCCAGCUUUCCGAACUCCGGCCUUCCGCAGCGUGGCCACGCGCGCCGCCAUGGACCUCUCUGCCAUCUACGAGAGCCUCCUGUCACUGAAUUCUGACCUACCAUCCGACCACGGAGGAACUGAGUCCUCGGGACUUUGGAGCCUAAACUCAUCUGACUCCAGCGCGUCUGGGGUCACCUCCCGCCUGACUGGCCGCUCCACCAGCCUGGUGGAGGGUCGAAGCUGUAGCUGGGUGCCCCCACCUCCUGGCUUUGCACCCUUGGUUCCUCAUCCGGCCUCUGAGCUGCUGCCCUCACCCACCUCGCCUACUGCCACCCCCACCACUGCCUCCCGCUACAAGACUGAGCUCUGUCGGACCUUCUCCGAGAGUGGACGCUGUCGCUACGGGGCAAAAUGCCAGUUUGCCCAUGGCCUGGGUGAGUUGCGCCAAGCCAAUCGCCACCCCAAAUACAAGACUGAACUCUGCCACAAGUUCUACCUCCAGGGCCGCUGUCCCUAUGGCUCACGAUGCCACUUCAUCCACAACCCCAACGAGGAUUUGGCUACCCCCGGUCACCCCCACGUGCUGCGUCAGAGCAUCAGUUUCUCUGGUUUGCCCUCGGUCCGCCGGCCAUCGCCGCCACCUCCACCACCGCCACCAGGCUUGUCUGGUCCUUCCCGGUCCUCGUGUUCCUUCUCGCCCUCCAGCUCUCCGCCACCAUCUGUGGACUAUCUGCUUUCCCCCUCUGCCUUCUCUGCUGCCCCUGGAACCCCUGUGACUCGAAGGGACCCCACCCCAGCCUGUUGCCCCUCCUGCCGAAGGUCUACUCCUGGCACCAUCUGGGGGCCCUUGGGUGGCCUGGCUCGGAGCCCAUCCGCACACUCCCUGGGAUCCGAUCCUGAUGAAUAUGCCAGCAGCGGCAGCAGCCUGGGGGGAUCUGACUCACCUGUCUUUGAGGCUGGGGUGUUUGGGCCACCCCAGACCCCUGCACCUCCGCGGCGUCUCCCCAUCUUCAAUCGCAUCUCUGUUUCAGAGUGACCGGUCCCCUGCCCAGUAUGGAUCAGCUAGAUCUCAAAAGGGGGAGACACUUGUGCUGGCAGGGACCUGGUGAUUCCUAGGUUAAUCAAGUGCUCCCCCCACAUUCCAAAAUGCAUUAACCUACUCCCUUGAUGCCAGGCUGGGGGCAGGUACCCCAGUGGGCACGCUCAAGUGUUUGGAUGCAAUGUUUCCUGAUGUAGCAUAUUUGAGGGGACAGUGAGCCCCCCACACACACUUGCCCAACUGUUUCUGAGACAGGGUCUAUGUAGCCGGGACUAAUGAAUGCUGGGAUUACAACUGUAUGCCAGCCACUGCCCACUCUUGUCUCCCGGACUCUCCAAUGCUGCGGAGAGUUGGGCUCCCACAGCCUCCUCUCCAUCUUCCCUAGAUCCCCGAGGUUGUGUCUAGUGUUCGGAGCCUCUCUUGAGAGAGAAUCCUGGUGCUCAAAUUUCCCUUCCCAAAGCAACUAGCCCAAGCCAUUGCCAAAUCCCUCCCCCAGUCAGUGGGCCCUUUUAUUUAUGAUGACUUUAUUUAUUAUAAUAAGAUUUUAUAGUAUUUAUAUAUAUUGGGUCGUCUGCUUCCCUUGUGUUUUUCUUCAUUUUGUAAAAUUGGAAACAAUGCUAUAAUUAUUGGG